UACGAUCGAUCCGUCAAAAGCCGUGCAGUAGCGGCACGCAAGCCAAGCGGCGGCCAACGCGCGAGACCGCCCGCCCGCUGCCGAUGGAGGAAAUGUGUUGCUCGUGACGUCACGGAAUUCCUCCUCGCUGCUGGAGUAAACGGCCGCGAGCACUUGUCAUCGUGCCUUCUUGUUCUCGCGUAGUCUGAUACUUGCGUUCUCUCGAGAGAAGAGGAGAAACCUCGCGGGGAGGAGCGCGCGCAUCGUUUUGACGACGGUAACGCGUACGUCGGAAACGGAGCGAGAGAAAGAGAGAGAGAGGGAGAGAGACGCGGAGGAGAACGUGGGCGUUGAGUGAUUGUUGUCGGUGCUAGUUUCCAUCGGGAGUCAUGAGAGACACGAGCGAUAUGAUGGAGGACGCCCUGUCGGAGGACACAAUGAUGGAUUGCGGAGGAGAUAGCGGAGAAGAUAAUGGAGGUUUGGAGGACUUCGUCGACUUAGCCACUGAUAUCACGGACAAUUCACGUACAAUACGAGAUGCCGCCGAACGGUUACUGACCUUGUUAGGCAUGGACGAAGAUGAUGAGGAUCUUCUGUCAUCGUCAGAGGACGAGGGUGUCGAGGUAGACAUCGACGAGCUCGAGGAAGACGACGAGGAAACGGAUAACACCAAAUUGCUGCAUCAACUCGCCGCAUCCCUAGCCCAAGAACUCAAAUACUCCCAGAAACAAUCCUCGAGCAGCAGAGUGGCGUAUCAAGAUCAAAGUGCGAUACAUAAUGUGGAGAUGCUACAGGAUACGAGUUAUCUCGGUCACGGUUGCCUUCAAAACCAAGUGGACCAUUCAAAAACGUCUGUUCGUCAAAACGGUUUCGAUCGCAACGAUCUUAAUUAUUUCGACGACCUCGACGAGCAAAAUGCGAAUUUCACAAAGUUUACAAAUUUCGGGAACCUCCGCCAGGAACCACAUGGUCGAACCUUUGAUUCUUCCAACUUAGAUCAUCGCCUGUGGACGAACGAUCCAGCAGCCACAAUACAGCAGGCUGGAAAAUCCUUGAGCAGCCAGCAGGAGCAAAAUACCGACUCCUGGACAGCAGGAUGGGAUGCUUGCGCCGCCGAGGCUCUCCGAUAUCUCGUCGAGGAUGAGGGCCUACCGCUUCAUCAUCCUACGGUUAUCGCUAUGAAGAAUUACCUAGAUCUGCAGAGGGAGAGAGCGUUCACUCAAUAUACUGGAUAUACGGACGCCAAGUCGCAGGACAUGAGUCUACUUCUGGAUUGAUGAGGCUUCAACAUUAAGGUAGCGAGCGAUUCAAUUUUUUUCUUGCGACGUGUCUCGUUAAAGAAUUUUUGAGAGAGAAAUCUGAGAUAAAUUAAUCUUGUUAUUUAAAUAAAACGAGUAUAAGAACAUGACGUGUUGUGAGAUCGUUUGCACGAGACUUGUUUGCUUUCUUACGCAUAUUUUUGCCAUUUUUAGUGAAACAUUUUUAUUUUUUUAUUCACAAAGAUGUUUUGUCUAAUGUCAGAAAUAAUUCAACGUUACUAUUAUCCACUUUUUGUAAUUUUGCUAUCUUCUUGUGAUUACUUUUGUUGAAACAUUGCGUUGAUAUACAUUGUGACUGGAGCGUCAUUUUGAUAUCGGUUUUAGCUUUCGAUGAUAAUAAUUUUUAAUAAUACAAGUGUUCAUACGCUGGAUCGAUAUGAACGCUGUUUCGUAAUAAGAUAUUCUAAACCUUGAAAUUUGUCAUGAAUGUCUUAAUCAAAGCUUAAAAUAUUUUUCUUCCAUUUUUCUUUCAAAAGGAUAAUAGUUAAUUCUUAACAAUAUUUCUCGAAGAAGAUGGCUUCGGGCAGCAUAAAAGAAAAUAUUUCUAGCAUUUAGAAUCAUCGAAUUGUAGAGAAACGACCGGCGAAUCACAAUUAGAAUUAUUCUUAAAACAAAUUCCUAGGUUAGCCUGUCAUAAAUAAAAAGGCGACCGAAAUAAUUUAAGUACGAUAAGCGGGAUAACGAAGGAAAGGAAGAAAAAGUCAAAUACUUUAUACGAGAAAGAAGUGUGAGAUAAGCACAUCAGUGAUCGCCGACAGAAUAUUGCAGAAUGUUUUCUGACUGUUAUGAGAAGCGAAUUCGUUUACACACUCGAAAUUACGUCGAUAAAAAUAAUUAUUUAUAAAUUAUAUCUGCAAAUAAUUUAAAGAAUCGAUUGUUCGAAUUGUUGCAUUUUGUCGGCGAUUAUGGGCGAAACGAUUUACAGUCAGAUCGUAUACGAAGAAAUUGGCUACGAUAUCGACAAUAGAAAAGAGAAACGUCUAGCCCCGAAAAUAUUGUAUAUAAUUUGGGUUAGGCGAGAGACGACGAGAGCUCAGAGAUUUAGAUAGGAACUUAUUCGGUCGUAGAUCAGCGAAUCUUUGUUUCUGCAAAAAAGAAAGAAACAACAACGUGGUAAUAUGAGAUUUCACGAGGAGUCCAAUUCAGAUGACCUGGAAAGUGUGUCUUCUUAUAACGCACUAGUAGUAUAAUAAAAGGGUGGUUUCGUUUAGAGCAAUGUUACUCGGAGCAACGAUGCUGAACGAUACGUGCGAAAGUGUGCACGUCGGCUGCCUUGACACGUUUCAACGACAUCUAGAAAAACCACUCGUCGCGAAAUCUCAUAAAUUUCUACAUCUUUAUCGUUAUUUAGAUCGUACGGUCGUCAUUCCUCGUAUACGAGACAUUGAUCGGGGUCGUACAUCGAUUGCAGCGUCAACGUUAAAUCGAUCUUGCGUUAAUAAGAAGAGCAGAAGCAAAAUGAAACGAGAUAAAUGAAACUGAUUAUCGUCAGUGAUUCAGGAUCGACGAUUGACUUCGAUCGUGCGUCACUUAUCGAGGAAUCAAACUUAACAUUGCGAUCGAUCGCACGCGAAGGAUCGCGAUGCAACUGCUAAGUGAACUGCGGGAAAACUUGUCAAGAGUUCUUUUCGCGCCAUUUUUUUACGGGAAGUAGUCGACGUACUUCCCACGCGACCGAAUAGUAAAGUUGUACAUAUGUAUAAUAUCGUUUUAACUUAUACACAACUAUUGUUACUUUUACAAUAAAGCUCUGUAGAUAACAUUGACCAGUAAAUAAACGACCGCUAAAUUAAUUAAGCCCGUCGUCUCGUUCUCGUCUUCCCAGUCCUUAAACUUGGCCGAAACGUUCGAUCUGAAUGCGUCGCAAGAAUUGUACCUUUAGGCAUUUCCUGGAAAUCUCAUUUUAAUUACAUUUCAAUCGGAUUUUAACCAAUCAAAUCAGGGGCACAACUCGUAAAGUGGAAAUUUUAUCUUGAAAAUAUUGUUGUACCAAACGUUGUGUACGUCGUUUACGUGACGAUAUAAAUGUAACCUAACACUUUUAUAAUAAAAUGGAAAAUUUUUACAGCGUA